UAGGAGUGUGACGAAUUUGCAGAUAGUAGCGAAGUAAAAAGAAGACAGAACGGGAUCGGACGGGAAAAAAACGCACCCCUAUCCCCUCACUACAACCCUGGUCAUCAACAAUACCUGGUCUGCGCCCCGAGUCCCUGUGUAUAAAUAAAUAAAGCAGCCAGAUACGGCACAGCACAGCUUAUGUGGCAGCUGAGCUACUAGUAGUAAUAAGAAUCAGAGAUACAAGAGAGUAGAGUAGUUGUUAUGGAGAAGGAGAAAGGGACUAUCACUACGACCAACAAUAAUAACAAGAUAGAGAGGGGGCACCAGAUGUACCGUGAGGGGCGUUACAGGGAAGCAUUAGGGUUUUACACGGACGCGAUCGCCCUCGCUAAAACCAAACCCCACAAGAUCGCUCUCCACAGCAAUCGCGCUGCUUGUUACCUCAAACUUCACCAUUUCAAAAAGGCAGCAGAAGAGUGUACCUCAGUGCUUGAGCUUGAUCAAAACCACAGUGGGGCAUUGAUGCUGAGGGCUCAAACACUAGUCACCUUGAAGGAGUACCAUUCAGCGCUUUUUGAUGUCAAUAGACUUUUAGAGUUGAACCCAUCCUCAGAAGUAUAUCAAAAUCUUCACGCUCGCUUGAAGACACAGUUGACACUUGCUCCAAUACCAGAGUCAGAAGAGGAGUUUGAAGAGCAGGAAGAAGAAUCAGAAGACAGUCCUGAGGUCUUACUAGGAGGAGAGAAUAAUGAGGAAUCAAUGGGAGGUAAGUACUUGGCAACUUCGGAUAUUAGAAUUGAUCAGAAGGUUGAACUCCGGAAAGAUAUCGUAAGUGCUGAAUGUGCUUCUCAAGAUACAAAAUCCAAGUUCCCAUCCAAAGAUGGAAGAGACCAGAACAGUGAGGCUGAAAAGUCAAAAGCAGAGGCUGUAGCACCUAAAGCACUGAACAGGGAAUCAACCGAGCAACAAACGAAAGGAUGGCAAAUGAUUCCAAAACCGAAAGGGCAUUCAGCUCUGGACUAUGCACGAUGGGACAGUGUUGAAGAUGAUUCUAGUGAAGACGACAACGACAAUGAAGAUGAAGAAUCUUUGCCACAGUACCGGUUCCGCGUAAAAACGGUGGGGGUACGGCCUGUCAAGUGAUAUGUAAAUUCUAGUACAAGGUACCUCUAAAAUGGCUUUGCUGUUCAAGUACGGAACAUAGAAGUGACUUCUUAUGGACUAGAACGGGCUGGUUCCCUAGUUGGAAUAGCUGAAUCAUGUGGUUUUCUCUUGAAGAUCUACAAUUUUGUUACUAGAGUUAUCAGUCGAUAUGAUUGUCGAUGAUCAUGAGCUAUAUAAACUCGAAGUUAACAGUAACAUCCUCAGUGCCUCCCUUUGAAGCAACUGAGUUCCUGAUCUCCAGGUCUGUUUGCAUUUUCUUCUGAUACUGAAGUUCGAGAGUUGUGCUUCCUUAAUAGACUAGGUAGAGUCUUUCAGCUGUUGAGGGCCAAAGAGCAUCAUUCAUACCAUUACAACAGGUGCGAGAAUAAUAUAUACUCUUUCUGUUCCUGUAUUAGUCAAUGUGAAAUUUUGUUACAUUCUUUUAUUAACCAAGGAUGUACUGAAUUUCCAGUUAUAAAUGCAUGGAAAUCGAGGGAGUAUAUUUCUCCCACCUUUAUUUGAUACUGUUUUAGAAGUUGUAAAUAGCAGAGGAAUAUGAAUGCUUAAGCAUUGGAGAAAAUAAUCAUAAGGUUGCAGCAGCCGUGAGCACAUUCUUUUUAUUAUUCUUUUUAUCAUGCGUAUUAUGCUUUUUGUGCUUUUUUCUCUGUAAUGUACUAAUGUAUGAUUCAUUAUAAGGAUAUC